UGAACUUUACUGCCUAUUUCUGUGUUCUCCUUGGUCUCUGGGAAGUGCAGUGUGAAGUGCCUGCUCAAUUUCUUGUCUUCAUGAUAAGAUUUUAUAUGAGAUUAACUAGCUAGUUGAUAUAAAAAAAUCCUCUGUUUUUUCUUCUGCACUUCUUCUUUUCGUUUCCAAAUACAACAUGGAAAAUACCAUUGGAAUGAAUUUGGAGAGAAACAAGGAGAUCAUCAAUGAGCUAACACGGGGCAGAGAUUGUGCAGUCCAGCUGCAAGGCUUGAUUGAAGAAUCAUCAUCACCAGAUACCUGUGAGCUGCUACUGCUCAAGAAGAUCAUCUCUUCUUGUGAUAAGGCAAUUAUAAGACUUCUCAGUUUCAACCUUUUCUUUGGACUGCCUGAUUCCAUGGAUACUUCCUCUCCUCCUCUUCUGGGUAACAACUCCCCUGUUAGUGAACUCUCUGAUGCAGAUUCUUUAAAACAGAAUUGCAGACUGGGCUUUUCCAAGAAAAGGAAAACUUCUCCACAGGCUACAGAAAGUGUCCGUGUUUGCUCAGACGCCACUGGUUUAGGAGGCGCCCUUGAUGAUGGUCAUAGCUGGAGAAAAUACGGCCAGAAAGAUAUUUUGGGGGCAACCCACCCUAGGUGAGAUCCCUCUCCUAUGUCGUAGAGGACACGUCCUCUAUUCUCAAGGCCUUAAGGAUUUUUAGUGCGGAUCUAUAUGAUUGGUUUUAACUUUAUUUUUACAUGGUUGACUUUUCCAUGAAUUCAGUAGGAUUCAUAUUGUCCGAGUAGGAGUGAAGAAGGUUCAGAGUUCAUUAAUGAGUGUAUACUUUUCUUGUUCCUUAGGAUUGGUAGUGUUUGUCCCACAUGUUUCAUUUCUUUUGUUUCCUUUUGUGUAUUUCCUUUCCACACUGAGGUUAUUAUUAAUCUUUCCAUCAUCAAUUUCCCACCAUCGGUUUCUACUUUCUAGCACUUCAUUAAUCAAUCAUUUUCUUUUCUUACUACGGUAUUAAUUACUCCCUCUACAUUGGACAAGACUCUGUUGACUUUUCUAAGUUAUCCCAAAAACUUUAUCAUCAUAUCAUUAAAGUGAUUAAUUUGUAGUUUUCAUUAUCAUGCAUUUAGACUUUUUAUUAGAGAAAUGCAAUAUACUUAUUAACUUGUUAUACUUAUAUUCAAUGGAUGUUGUACAUAUAGAGCCCAUUUCUGAAUUAACCGUUUAUAUUGAAUGAAAUUGGUUGAUCGUCUGAAUUUGCUAAAAAUUCAAUGAAUUUGUGCUAAAAAUUGCACAAGUUGCUCAAUUAACCGUCAGAUUUGUUCUUAUUCCUCCCCUCGUCUCAUUGAAUGGCAUCCUCUGGUGGGCUAUAUUUUACUCCAACUUGAGUUUUGUCUCCACUAUUUUCAUUUUCAUAAGCUCUCUUCAACAUCUACUUAAAAUAUUUCGGGCUUAUUUUUGCAGGGCAUACUACAGGUGCACUCAUCGCUUCACAAAAGGUUGUUUGGCUACAAAGCAUGUUCAAAGGUCUGAUGAAGACCCUUCUGUUUUUGAGGUCACAUACAAAGGAAUGCACACUUGUAUUGACUCUUAUCCGUCAUUGAUACAAAACCCUCAGUUCAAGCUCCAAGAAUCAGAGGAAAACCAUGACUUGAUUCUCAACUCUGGACUAGACCAAACACUUGACAUUGCAAGUGACAUAUUUCCUCAUUUCUCUUUCCCUCCGUUUCUGAACGAACACGACGAGAUCACGGAGAAAGAAAACAGACUCGUUGGGCCGUGUUACCCGCCACCUUUCGCCUCUCCGACAUUCUCGGAGGAGUUGAUGGACUUGUCAUUUUUACUUGAUCAACAUAAGGAUGACUUUGGGCUUGGACAAAUUAUGGACGAGUCAGAAUCAGAUAAUCUUAUGAUCCCAACUCCAUCUUCUGUUACGAACUCGCCAUUCUUUGAUGGGGAUACAUUUGAUGCAAUUGAGUUCUUGGAGAACUUCUCGUGAUUUUUUUAAUGUUCUGAAUAGGCUGUCUAUAAAAUUCAAUAUGUUUGACGGGAUCAAAUAAGUGGGCAGAUUGUUGUCCACAACAAGGGAACCAUCUAUUUUUCUUUCAAAUGUAUAAUUCGUUGUAGUUUUGGUUUUGCAAUAUAUUAAAAAGAAUCAAUAAAUAUAGUCAUGUUCAUAGACACAAGUCAAUACAUUUAAGCUUUUUGACUAUUUAAAGUCUCAAAAAGUUCUUAAAUGAUGCUUGGUACAACACCCUUUGGGAGCUGUUUUAAAAAUUAAGAUCUUUUCUAGGCACUAUGAAUUACUCCGUAUAUAUGUUGCAUUAUGUAUUCAAUACAAUUUCAAAUAGCCACAACUUUUUAUACGAAAC